AAUAGCUAAGAAAAUACUGGAGUGCAACAUUUCGAGAGCGACAUUAUCAUCAACGGCACAAGAAUAGCAGCAACAACAACAAAUACAACAACAGCAACAACAGUUAGGAGAGCCACGCGAAAACGGUAAAGCAGUUGAAGCAAAGAAAAAAAAAAAACAAAUUAAAUUGUUCGCAAAUCGAUGCGCGACAUCAACUGCUGAGUACGGAUUCCUAGAAGAGAGUCUUACCCCACACAUCUAGUGUAUUAAUACUUUAGUUUUGUUUAAAGUGCUUGAGCACAUCACACACACUCCUAUAUAAGUACUUUGAAGUCAGGGUUCGUGGCCGCCGCAAGAUGGCGCUACGUUUGCGUCGUGAUGUGCAGAAGGCCUCCUACUAUGUGUGGUUCCUGGGAGCCGAGGAGGCCAAAGGUCUGCGAGGCGCACGCGUCAUUAACUCAGUGCUGCCCUAUUUGGUGGACAGAUCACGUGGCCAGGAGCCCCUGAAAGUGACGCUACAGGUUUCGCACAAAGGCAUUAAAAUCGUCCAGGGCUCGUCAAAGCAUUUAAUACCACACAGUGCCAUAACCAGCUCCGUGCAAACCGACGAUAUUGUAGCCUGCGUCCUGCUGCUCUACAAUCCGGCGACCAAGUGUCCGCUCCAUGUGCACGCCUAUCGUUGCGACUCGGAGACAACGGCCGAGGCGUUGCAUCUGCAACUACAGAUCUUAAUCAAUAGGCCCGACAAUCAGAAGCGUUUCGAAGAGCUGGAGACCAGACUCGGCAUUUUACCGCCAUUGCCAGCCACGGGUCACAGCAACAGCUCCAAGUCAGGGCACGAAUCGACAUCCAAGUCUGCAUCGACGGCUGCAUCAGCGUCGCAUCAUCAGUCAUCACAGUCUCACUCGGCUUAUCCACAUCAUCAGGGAUCGCAGUCACAGCGCCGUCACGAGACCUCGCCGAAGCGUUUUAGCUCCUCGCUGGGCAGCGAUACGGGCAACAGCACCCGCGAAUCCGAGUGCAGUGAGGAGCAUGUGGGUGGUGGCGGUACUGGAGGUGUCUCUGGCUCUCCAGUGUCUCGCUCACCCCCACAUGGCAAACACCAUCCACAGCAACCGCUGACGGCUCAACAGAAUAGCGAUCUAUUUGAUUCUCUGGCCGCCGAACUGCGUGCCAAGUUGAAUGGCAAUGGGCCGCCUCUGUUGUUGCCGCCGCGUGACUAUGACACCGUGCAUCGCUCCAAGGGUAAUCUAACGGCCAUUGAACUGCGACGCUGCCGCAACGCCCUGAUUGUAGGCGGUGCAUUGCCCGCCAAGGGUGUGGGCGCUCCUGCGCCAACCACAGCAGCUGUCGCCAAUGGCAAACAAGUGUCCUCGCGUGGCUCUUCGGGCAUCGGCUCCGAUUUGGCGCCCAGUCCAGAGCGACAGGAGCUUAACAGUUCCAGUGAUGACGAACAUUGGUCUAACGAGGCGGACAAUUCGGUCAUUGCACUGAAGCCGUCACAAAUCGCCCUGGAGCGAUCCAAUCCGAUUAUACCGCAUCAUCCACAGCUGAAUCGCAAGAGCGCUAUGCAGCCGGAGGACAGCUAUCUGAGGGAUUUGCCCGCCAAGCCCUACAUGCCGCGCCAGACGGAACGCGAGCGCGAACGGGAGAGAGAGAGGGAACGAGAGCGAGAGCGGGCUAAAACGCCAGCAUCAAGCAAAUCUUGGUCACGGGAGGAUGAAAUCAAGCCAGUAAUUAUGCGUCCAGCUGACUACGAUGCCAAGUUCAAUCGCGUCAUGCAGUUGGAGCAGCAUCAACAGCCUCCACCAUUGCCACGGCAUCAGUCCAAGCAUGAGCCGCCAGUGGCACCCAAGUUACGCGACACAGAAAAAUACAAUGAGAUCAAUCGCUUGCUGAAUAAGAAGCUCUCCGCUGGUCAUGAGAAGGAGCGUGAUUUGGAGCGAGAGCGGGAUAUAGAACGUGUACGCGAGCGAGCUCGGGACUCGCCCGAGCAAUACAAGCGAAGCCACAACCCGGCUAGCAAGCAGCGAUCGCUGCACGAUGAUGAACUGGACGACUUCGAUGACUCGGAUCCAGCCAGCGAUCAGCAGCUUCAUGGGCCAUCUUCGAUUGGCUACCGCAAGGAGAAUCUGACCGACAAGCAAAAGUUCUUGGAAUACACUUCAAAGAAGCAACAGCAAUUAAAGUCCUACGCGGCCGAGGAGACACAACGCUAUGGCGGCAGUCGACAUCGCUAUGCAGAUCCCGCAGACCUUCCCUUUGAGCAGCCGACCUCUCUCAACCCAGCUACCAACGUAGCUCACAAUAAAUACGCGGCCAUGCAUCGCAGUGGACUACAACAUUCGCCGCAGCGAUCAGAUCUUGGACAACGCACCACAGAGCGCCAUCACGAGCGUAGGGACAGGGAGAGGGAGCGCGACAGGGAGAGGGAGAGAGAGAGGGAUGUAGAUGAGGCACCACCAGUGCGUCGACACUCACGCGAACGCAAUCCAUAUCGUGAGGCCGAGAGUCUGCCAUACAUUCAGAGCAUGGAGAAGAUGAUGAAGUCAUCGGCCCUGCGCUACAGUGCCGACGUACCCGAUGUGCGCAAGCCGCCAAGCAGCAAUUCGGCACGUCGUGACCCUGACUAUGUGCGUGAGUACGCACCCUCUGGUGAACGAGGAGGAAGUGCUGGUGGUGCUGGUGUCCCGUCACAGGUAUCGCCACGCGACCGCUUCCACGAUGCAAAGGACAAAUUUCGCGCACUGGAGACACGCAACGGCAGUCGUUUCGAUCUAGCCGAUGAACAUGACAGCAAUGGUGGUGGUGGUGGGCGUGGCUCGUCACGUCGUCGCCGUGGCUCCGUAGAGCCAGCUCCUAGCUAUGACCAAUGGAGUGAUGAAGAUGCGCGUCUAGAGGAAACAGAUCGCAGUCUACGCGACCCAAUGAUCAAUCGCUCACGCACACGCUCUAGAGAUGUGUGGGAACAGGAGCCGACACGAGAGCUGCGUGAUCGUGAAUACGUACGCAGCAAGCAGCAGUCACAACAUGAGGUGCGCCGUGAACACUCGAGAGAUCCGUAUCGUCAUGAUACAGGCGCUUCCUCAUCGUCUGGCUACAGUCAGCGUGAGAGAGAACGUGAGCGCGAGAGAGAGCGCGAACGGGAGAGAGAACGUGAACGGGAGCGUGAGCGUGAACGCGAGCGAGAACGUGAACGAGAGCGAGAACGUGAGCGGGAAAGGGAGCGAGAGCGUGACAGCCAUAGUCGCCACCAGAUACGAGCGCCAUCGCGUGAGUACUUGAGCUCACGUCGUGACUACACGCCACCACCCAUGGCUGUGGAAACAGCGAGUGCUUCACGCAGCGCUCACGACAAGUCCCGACAGGAAGUGUAUCCGCCAACGCCUACACCAAGUAACGGAGGCAGCGGAAAUGGUGGGCCAGCCCCCUCCAAACAAUUGGCCAACAUGCCCAAGGGCUAUCGCCACAGCUAUGUAGAACCGGUGUUCGCUCGUUCCGGCGGUCGUGUGGGUCUCGCCGCAGUCAAUCCUUAUUAGAGGAAGGCGAACAGAAGCCGAAACUCGUAAUCGUGCAACGAAACUAAUCGAAUUGAAAUCUAGGCAAUACGCAUAUCCAAUAUGACUAUAUAUACUCAAUAAUCCACUGCUGUACAUUACACGCACCCACACACAAGCACACAAACACACACACACACACACAUAUCGCCCACUUUAGGAACUCGAACUUGACAAUUUGGAACCCAAACCCAUCCGUAUCCAUGCGCCUCAGGGGCGACACAAAGUGCCGCCUGCGCUUGUAAUUAUGUGCCUUCUUAAUAUGUUUUAUAUAUAUAAAUAUAUAUAUCUCUAUAUGUAUGAAUUAUACCCUAGUUAUAUGUAUGUAUGUAUAUGUAUAUGUUAUAUAGCUAAAGAGAACAAAUUGGACGACUAUAUAAAUAUAUAUAUGUACGUACACAUAUGUAUGUAUGUACGAAAAUGUUUUUUUUUUCGCUAGUUUUAGGUUGCGCGGUUGGUUGGU